UCCACUCCAGAAGAAAAUGGCCGCAUCCUUCCCUUGUACCCGCAGUUGCUCCUCAGACUGUAUUUUGAACGUACUCGCUCUUGUUUUCUUUCUCUCAGACCUGGUGUCUGACGUCUUGGCAGUGGCGAGUUUUUAUCAGGAGCAGGCGUACGUCAGCAUGGGAGCGCUGGUCUUCCUGUUGGCGGGAUCGUCUGUGCUGGUGCAGGCGUUCAGCUGGCUUUGGUACAGCUACCAAACUGGCUCGGAAGAGCAGAGGAGCUGCCUGUCUACCUACGCGUAUAUGGAAAAGUACUUCAACAACAGACGCUUUCUCGGGGCACUCCAUGUGUGUCAGAUGGGAGUCUUCCUCAGGCUCGUCUGCAUGAUGGAGAUCUCCUGGCGCAACUUGACCUCAAACGCGCCCCUGACGGAAGGCAUCGCUGUCUACCUGACCCACGACCUCAACCUGCUCUACCUCAUCGAGGCGUUCGUCGAGAGCGCACCCCAGCUCACGUUCAUGACCGCCGUCAUCGCGCACAGACAGGAUGUGGAGUGGGUCACAGGGUUCAAGACUUUGGUUUCAGUCGGUGCGAUCGCCCUCAGCGUGGUCCUGUACCACCGUUCCAUGUGCUCCCUGCACGAGUGCAAGACCCGAAUAUCGUGGACUUCGUCUCUCCUCUACUUCCUGUGGAACUUUCUCCUGAUCGCCCCGCGCGUGGUCGCCGUGGCUCUCGCUGCCUCGGUCCUGCCCCCCGGGGCAGUCGCCGCCCACUUCCUCUCUCUGUGGCUCGCGCUCUUCCUCUGGGUCUGGCGCCAGAACACACACUUCAUGGACAGCCAUGCCGGGGAGUGGCUCUACCGGGCCACCGUAGCGCUCGUCUGGUACUUCAGCUGGUUCGACGUCUCCAAGGGCGGCUCCCGAGGAAGAAGCGCCGUCUAUCACGCCGUCAUGGCGGCCGACAUCGCACUCCUGCUGACGCUGUGGUGGUGGCAGAGUCACGGCGAUCCGUCCCUGUUUGGCAUGACGGCGCGGGGAGCGGUCGCUCUAGAGGCCGCGUCCUACGCCAUGGGAGUCCUGGCCAAAGUAGCGUACGACCGACUGUUCCGCCUUAAGGAGUCGGUCACCGUGGACCCGACGCCGCGCUCCGAGGAAGGAGGGUCGGAAGUGGACGUGGUGGACUUUCCUGUCUCGGUUCAGUCGCGCCCGCCCGCACCUCCGACUGCGCCGCAGAGGAGGAUGGACAUGCUGGCUGAGCAUUUCUACUCGUAGCGCGGAAUAACGUGUGGAUGUACGGACUUUUGUACAGAACGAUGUAGGCAUGUAAAUAUGAUGUACACAUAUACGAAAAAAUGUACAGUUGCACAGAAUGUACAGAUCAGAAUGAUGCACACAUAUACGAAAAGAUGUACAGAAGAUGUACAGAAUGUACAGAUCAGAAUGAUGUGCACAUAUACGAAAAGAUGUACAUAUGUACAGAAUAAUAUACGGAUAUAAACACAAACAAAAAUGUAUCCUGACAGCAUGAGAGAUAGUUUUCCCGGAGCAAGCUUUGCUGGUUAAUUACUUUCGGCGCAUGCGAAAGGCAGGAGGAGCAGCAACGUUGCAGAGAGGUUUGUCUGGGGUUUUCCAAGGCUAUGCUAUCUUCCGUUCAGACCUUGAUGGGAAAUGGAAAUAACUGCUCUCACUCACACGUCACAACAUUUAAACACACCUGACAGAACUGUGAAAUUAAAAUAAAAAUGGUGAUGGUAAAGCUGCACUUGUUUGGUGUUAAAAUAAAUCAGUAGCCUAUUUUACAGACUUUGGAAACAUUGGAAAUAAUCCAUUGAAAUAAACUAA